CUAGACUCGACUAGCUUACCACUUAGCUGUCAAACGAAACUUUUCGGCCGGACGAAAGGGACCCGACCUAUCUACAUCCUACGCCCUACGUUUCUAGAUAACCGGGGACACCUUCUCUUUUACGCAAUCCCGAAAACCCAGAAUGGCUUCUCCGACUGCUCCCGCCUCCUUGUGGAGCCGGAAACGCGACUUGAUCUACUUCUCCUUCUUUGCUAUUCAUGUCCCCAUCAUUUUUCUGGUCGACGCAGCCCCGAUCCUCCCCACCGCCCUCCAAUCCAACCUUUCCCACACCCUCCGACAGUUCUACAUUGAUACGUACCAUGACAAGUUCUUCGAGGAGCCACCAGCCCCCUGGUUUUACUUUUUCAUACUUAUGGAGCUGUUCUACCAUGUGCCCGUAAGCGUCUGGGCACUUGGCGGCCUGAAGAGAGAUGACCCUCUUGUCCCCCUCCACCUCCUCAUUUUUGGUCUUCAGGCCUUCCUUACCUCCACAGUCUGUCUGGUCGAGGUCUGGAGUUGGGCAGAUCGCUCCGUAGCCCAAAAGCAGAACAUCAGCAUGCUAUAUGGGCCUUAUGUCGCUCUUGGUGCGUUCAUGGCACUGGAUAUGUUCUUUAGACUUCGGACCAGACUCCUAGUCAAGUCCAAGAAGGAGUAAGUCACUACAGUAAUCAGUCCCCAUAACCCCAAUAUUCUCCCUUUCCUAUUUCAGUGGAGGGCAUGUAUGCAUACAGUAUCCAAUGCAGGGGGUGUAUGUGCUGGGACCGAUAAUCCAUAGAU